UAUAUAACCUGAUGUUUACAGAAGUAAGACGAAGAUGGUUAAACUGAUUGCUGAGUUGCUGGUUCUAAUCCAGUUAACACAACUCUCUGCUCUUAUCACUCCUUGGAAUAAACGUCCUCUAGGACAACUAGGAACUCCAUCCGGAAGUGGAGGCGUCCCUUUAGUUCCAGGCAUACAGAAUAGAUAUCCACAACAUUCCAGGUUUAUGAAAUUUAGUUCUGGGGACUGGAGGAUGUUAAACCAGAAUACAGAUAAAUUAUCCAGAGCAGCAGAGUUUCAAUCUGUAGAAAUGGUGAACGGUAUCCCCUAUGGUAGAUCUGGGUACAGAGGAUCAGCUAUUCUUUUCUCAAUAGAGGUUACUCCUGGAGUAAGGUUGAAUAUUGUCCUGUCUAGGUUACUCCGGGAAUAA